AUGUCAUCAGAUUUCAUAGAAACAGCAACUCAUAAUCGAAUAUCUAAAAACUCACAUAUAUCUGGGUCAGAUCAAAUAUUAAUCAGUGGUCAUUCAACUAUUCAUCCUCAAGUAACUUUAAAAGGUGAUGUUCAACUCUUGACCAAAUCAAAUACAACUAUCCUGUUGGGUAAAUACUGUUACUUGAAACCCCAUUGUUCAAUCAUACCUCCCAUAGUUAAACAAUCAUCUUCGUCGUCAUCUUCACCAUCAUCGGUUGCUUCAAAUGAAUCAGAUCAAACUUGGUAUGGUCCAAGUAAUAUUGGUGCAUACACUAUCAUAGGAUCAAAUUCAAUUAUAAAACUGGCUAACAUUGGCAAUAGAGUGAUAAUUGAAGAUAAUUGUGUGUUAAAUAAUCUUUCCAUCAUUUAUGAUUGUUGUAUUAUAAGAGAAAAUACUAUCAUACCGGAAAAUGUUGUCAUACCUCCAUAUAGUGAAGUUAAAGGUAUACCAGGUAAGGAUUUUUGUAUAACUAACUUAAAUUCAAGUUACAAAUCGUUAAUUGAAUCAGAAGCUAAACAACUACAAAUCUUAGGUACCGUGUAA